AUGAUUGUCGUCAGUCCUAUAGAAUUCAAUGAAGAACCUGUGCCACCAGUGUUUGGGGACCUUGCCUGGACCUGGGUUGGAAUCUUAAUGGUGGAUGAUGGCAAUGGAGAAAGAUUUCUGCAAACUGCACUGCCAGUAUUUUCCAAUAAGGGCAUCUGUUUCGCCUUCAUAGCAAGAAGUCCCAAAUUCAGUUAUUUCUCUGAAGCUACAGACAUGAUACAAAAGGGGGCGGAAAUAUAUGAUCAAAUUAUGGGCAGCAAAGCCAAUGUCUUGGUGACCUAUGGAGCAUCUUAUUCCAUUUCUAUGUUCAUUUGGUUGUCCUAUAUUCCAGAACAAGUACAUGUGACGAAGAAACCAAAAGGUAUGGUGUGGAUUAUUACUGCAUUAGUAGAGCUCAGUAUAUAUCUUUUACAGAGGAAUUGGGAUUUAAACUUAUUCCACGGUGCUCUGGCAUUUACUCGUCAUUUAAAUGAGCUACCAAAGUUUCACCACUUCGUUGAAAGCAGAAAUCCAUCCACUGCAAGAGGAGAUGGUUUCAUUAGAGAUGUAUGGAAACAGGCCUUCAACUGUGCAUUCCAAAAUGCAGCUACAGAUGAGGUGGAUGGACUGACUUGCUCUGGAGUGCAGACACUGGAAAACCUCCCUGGUCCUUUCUUCGAAACAAAAAUGACUGGCCACGGCUAUAGCAUCUACAAUGCUGUCCAUGCAGUGGCCCAUGCUUUGCAUGCCAUGUACUCAUCUACUCUUGUUAUACAAAACAAAGUUAUGAUUGAGUGGUUUAGGGACACUGUCUUUUGCUUUUCAACCCAGCUCCAUCACUUUCUCAGAGGUCUCUUAUUUAACAACAGUGCUGGGGACAAGGUUACCUUGAACCAGAAUGGGGAGUUAGUAGCUGGAUAUGAUGUUAUUAACUGGAUCAUUUCCUCAAACCAAUCUUUCCAUAGAGUGAAAGUUGGAAGGAUGGAUGUUGAGGCUUCUGCAGACCAAGCAUUCAUCAUCAAAGAGGAUGCCAUCACCUGGCACAGCUGGUUCAACCAGGCACAGCCUGUUUCUAUAUGUUCUGAGAGUUGCCAUCCGGGUUCCAGCAAGAAAGUAAAGGAGGGACAGCCAUUUUGCUGCUAUGAUUGCAUCCCAUGUCCAGAAGGGAAGAUUUCACUAUGGAAAGAUAUGAUUGACUGCUCUAAAUGCAGAGAUGGGUACUAUCCAAAUAAAAACAAGGACUUUUGCCUUCACAAGAAAAUAAGCUUCAUGUCUUACGAAGAACCUUUGGGGAUCACUUUAGUCUUUUGUGCUCUUUUCCUUUCUUUGAUCACAGGCUUGGUGAUAGGAACCUUUAUGAAGCACCACAGCACUCCCAUUGUCAUUGCCAACAACCGAAAUCUCACAUUCAUUCUCCUAACCUCCCUCCUGCUCUGCUUCCUUUGCACUUUGCUGUUCAUCGGGAAACCUCAGGUGGUGACAUGUCUCCUUCGACAAACUGUUUUUGGCAACAUCUUCUCAUUGGCCGUGUCUUGUGUGUUGGCCAAAACUGUCACGGUGGUUCUGGCUUUCAUGGCCACCAGACCAGGAUCCAGGAUGAGGAACUGGGUGGGGAAAAGACUGGCCACUUCCAUCAUUCUUUCUAGCUCCCUUAUUCAAGUAGGCAUUUGUAUUGUGUGGUUAGCAACCUCCCCUCCAUUCCCACAUGCUGACAUGAAUUCAGUGAUGGAGGAAAUCUUACUGGAAUGUAAUGAGGGUUCUGUAAUUCUGUUUUACUGUGUCCUAGGUUACAUGAGCUUGCUGGCAAAGGUGAGUUUGGCUGUUGCUUUCUUUGCCAGGAAGUUACUGGACAGUUUCAAUGAAGCCAAGUUCAUCACUUUCAGCAUGUUGGUCUUUUGCACUGUUUGGUUAUCUUUUGUUCCAACCUACCUGAGCACCAAGGGGAAAUACAUGGUAGCCGUAGAGAUCUUCUCCAUCUUAACCUCCUGUGCUGGAUUGCUGAUUUGUAUCUUUUCUCCAAAAUGUUAUAUUAUUUUGAUGAGGCCUGAACUGAACAGCAAGGAACAGUUGAUCAAAAGAAAAGUCUAA